AUGGCGGGAGCAGGAUUGGGUUUCAGUUCGUCUUUUUCAGCUCAAGGCAGGGCGACGGCCGGAUUUAUGGUUAGGAUUCCGGUCCCUUUACUGAAGCGAUGGCAGUUAAAGUUCGCGGGAUUGAAUGGCAUUUUCCGCAUCCGAGUGGCGGGUUGCGGCGUAUCUUCGACUCGAUUGUAUAACUGCGGGAGUUGUACGGCCGAGGAACGAGUCUCGGUGGACAUGGAAAGGUACAAGGAGGCUUUUUGGAGGAGAAUGGCCAUGGCUGGACUCAAACCUCACCAUUCUAUUGCUGUAGGAGUCUCAGGCGGCCCUGACAGUAUGGCGUUGUGUUUACUAACGGCUGCUUGGAAAACUGAUGGUCCUUAUGCUGCUAGCCAGAGUGAUGGUUAUGUUGAUGGACUUUUGGCCAUUAUCGUUGAUCAUAGGCUACGCGCAGAGAGCAAAGAAGAGGCACACAUUGUUUCUCGCCGUGUUUCUAAAAUGGGGAUCAGAUGUGAGAUUGCAGAGUGUAAUUGGUCGGAUGGAAGGCCGAAACAGGGUCAUUUGCAAGAAGCAGCACGAGAUAUGAGGUAUCAAAUUUUUCAGAAAGUUUGCAUUCAGCAUCAAAUUGAUGUGCUACUUAUUGCUCAUCAUGCAGACGACCAGGCUGAGCUACUGAUUCUUCGACUUUCCCGCGGUAGUGGUGUGCUUGGACUUGCGGGCAUGGCAUUUGCUUCUCAGUUUUUCUCUACAAGCACGGUUUUGCAUAAUGAAGGUUCGAACAAUAAAGGCCUACUUCUAGUGCGUCCACUGUUGCACUUUUCUAAAGAAGAUAUGUACAAGAUAUGCCAAGCAAGUAAUCAAGACUGGGUGGAGGACCCAACAAAUCGAAGUCCAGCUUAUGCUCGGAACAGGAUCAGAAUGUCACUGGGAAAUUUGUCAUCAUAUACUUUCCAGUCUGAAAUACAAGAGCUAAUAUCUUCAUGUCGAAAAACACGUGCAUAUGUUGAACACAUUUCAAAUGAAUUGAUUGAUCAGGCUGUGACCAUUAUGGAUCAGCAAGGUUAUGCUGUUAUUGAUUUGAUGGUUCUUAGUCCAUCCAAAGUUCCAGAUAUGUGCCUUUCAAAGUUUAUUGCGUUGGUCUUGCAGUUUGUCUCUCAAAAGCACAGAACUGUCAGAGGCGCCACUAGUAAACGGUUAUUGGAUUACGUUCGCACUUUCCCAUGUAAGACGUCUUUUACUGUAGCUGGAUGUUAUCUCUGCCCUUCUCCUGGUUCUAGGGGGACGAAACUCUUAGUUUGCUGCUCUGUCAAUUGCCCUCUGCCUUCAACAAUUGAAGUGAAUAACUCAGACUUUGAUAGAGAACCGAAGCAGUAUCCUAGCAUGUUGGAUGAAAUCAUAGCCGAAGGGAAGUCUUAUGUGGAUCAGUUUGUACCAGAUGUAGUAGAUGUGAAGUUCUUGGACAUGACAUGCCAAUCAGUGUUAGCAGAAGCGAAAAGAAUCGGUAUCAUCAGCGAGUCAACUCAUAACAACAUAACCUUACUGGAGAGGAAUGAAACAAAGUAUUUCAAGCCUGAGAAUAAGGUACACUUGGAGCAAGAGAUCAUAGAAAAUCCCAGCACCUCAGCAUCUGAAAGUGAGCUACUCCACCCAGGCAAAGCAUGUUACUUCAUGGACAGAUUCAUGGUUACUUGGAAUGAAAGACCGCUCAGUUACUGCUCAUAUUUGGUAAUUGAUCAUCGAACAGCUGCUGAAGUACGCUAUAUGGCCGAGUCUGAUUGGCUCUAUCUGGCCAAAUUGGCCAGGUGUAAAAAUUUGCAUGAUUUGGUGCCACAAAGAACUGAUGCAGACAGUGAAGUAGAGCAGAUAGCAGGAAAGAGAAAACAGAGUUUAGAAUACAUGCAGUUAUCGGCAAUAAAAUCUCUUCAAUCUUUGAAGUCCAUCCCAGUUGCUGCCAGAAGAAGCCUGCCUGUAUUAGUAAAUCAUGAAGGAAUCCUACUGACUAUACCUAGCAUUGGAUUCCAGUGCUGCCCUUGUUUGAUUGUGUCCUGCGCAUUCAGGCCAAGAUUUCCACUAGGGGGAGGUCACUCUUCGUUUCUGUAG